CAAUGAGAAGGAGGAUAACCGCGUACUUGAUGACUGAGAAUCAUGACCAAAUCUGGGGGUCGGUUAACCAUGACAAACAUGUCUGCUGACAACAGCCAAGAGGAGUCAGAUGGAGAUCCUCCAAUGGGGUCCUUUGUUGCUGUCACUUCUACUGUCAAAUUUCGCAACUUAAGGAAACGUCACCUCAAACGCAAUCCUCAGAUGAAGGCAUUUGAGCGAAGGUACACAGAACUGGGUCCAAACUUGAUUCCGGAGCAAAAACGUAUAGACUAUGUGCUGGUUCAUAAAAAUAAGUACUCAAAUGAUUACCUAGAUGAUAAGGAAAAACAAGAGGAGUUACGAAAAAAGGAGGAAAAGAGAGAUAGGUUUGAGGCAGCACUGACAAAGGAGGGGUUCGAUAUUCAAAAGGAAGUCAUCGGGGAGAAUGUGUUUGUGAAAUUACACUGCCCCUUCAAACGACUCUGUGCAGAGGCAGAAAUGGUUAAAAUGGAAAUGCCACUUCAUGGGUGUGCAAAUUAUCCAGAGGAAACAAGGAACUGCAUCAGUAAAUUUUUUGAGAAAUAUUUUGAGACAGAUAAUGAAAUGGAUUUUGUAAGUGCUCCAUUUAUGAUGGAUAAAAUUAACCUAUAUGAAGGAUAUGAAGAUCCCACUCAUUUUUUCCGUCCAGCCAUUCGUUCUAUGCUGGUGGAUCACAUUCUCAUUAACAUUGACAUCAGAACCAAAGAUGAGAAGAAAGACAAAGGCGGUGCUAAGAAAGUGAAAGUGGAUGCUGAGUCUGGGUUUUGUACUUGUCUCCCCUGUGUUGGGUCUAAACAGAAAGAUGGCACCUCUGAUACCAAAAUCAAUGAAAAUGAUGAAUUUAUCAUUGAUCAUGCUGAUGCCACUGAAGAGAAACUCUACAUACCAGGGAAAAUACACAGUUUACCUUACCUUCUUAUGAAGGGUGUUUACAUUGACUCGUUCAUCCUUCAUGAGGAGUCAGAAUGUAAAGAGGACCAGUCUAUUCUCAAGGACAAGUAUUUCACUGAAGCAAAUGUGGACCUGGAGGGGGAGAAAACCCAUGAGGCCCUGGAAACAGACCCCCGUAAAGCCCUCCAGGACACAUGGACGGUAUUCUAUAAGUUCCAGCCUUUGUGGAAAAUCAGAAACUAUUUCGGUGAGAUGAUAGCUCUGUACUUUGCCUGGGUAGGAGAGAUGACCAGCAGUCUAUGGAUCCCAAUGUUACUGGGAUUUGGGAUAUUCUUGUAUGGUUUAUAUCUCAGUGUCGAAGAAAAUGAAUCCAAAUUCACUGUUUAUGCUAAUGAUACAGCAGAGACCAGAAUUAAAAAAGAAGUACAGGCGCUGUUGGAGACAGUAAGAAGUUCAUUUGACAACGAUGUCACUCCUUAUUUUGCAUUGAUCAUAUGUUUAUGGGGAACACUUUUCUUAGAGCGGUGGAAGAGAAAGAAUGCCACUCUGGCCUAUGAAUGGGAUGUAGAUAACUUCGAACACAAUGAACCUGAUCGACCUCAAUUUUAUGGGUUAAAGGUCAAGAAGGACCCAGUGACCCAGGAACCAAACUGGUUUUAUCCAUUUAAAAAACAGAUCCUCAAGUACAUGGUUUCCACCUCUACAUUAUUAUUUAUGAUGUCUAUUGUCUUAAUAAGCGUGACAGGUGUAAUUCUUUAUCGUCUGUUCAUCACUUUUGACUACUGUCCAGGAAUGAGUGCUAUUCAGUGCCUUAUCACCUCCUCCAUUAUAUCAGCUGUCCUCAAUGCUGUCUCCAUUCUCAUCCUAGGAAAGAUAUAUGAAAUACUGGCAUUCAAGCUCACUGAAUGGGAAAAUCACAGAACACAGACCAGAUAUGAUGAUGCCUUAGUCACCAAAAUGUUUGCUUUUCAAUUUGUCAAUAGUUAUGCCUCCUGUUUCUACAUUGCAUUCUUCAGAGGACGUUUCUCUAUAUUUGGUUACACUGAUGAGUGUGUAGGAGACAGGGGGACGUGUAUGUCACAGCUAUCUUUCCAAGUCCUCAUUCUUAUGAUAAUCAGACCAUUCCCAAGAAUUUUAAAGGAUCUGAUUCUUCCACUGUUGAGAAAGUUAUGGAGACUCCGUCCUAAUUGGUGCUGUCGAUUCAAUGCCUGUCCAUGUGACUGCUGUAAUAAAAUUAAUCGGGUCAACACUGAAGAGGCAAAGGAUAUGUUUGAAGCCAAUAAAAAACUGUUGUCCAAUUUCUUGGAGAGGGAACGGUUAAAACCCCCUCUUGGUGACUUCACCCUGAAUGAGUACACAGAGAAAGUCAUACAGUAUGGAUUUUUAAUGCUGUUUGCAGCAUCCUUUCCUCUUGCUCCUUUGAUGGCCAUUCUCCUGAAUCUGAUAGAUAUUAGGAUUGAUGCUCGACGAAUGUUGUGGAGUAAUAGACGUCCUGUAGCCUAUAUUAGACAGGACAUAGGUAAAUGGUACGGGAUUCUUGACUUGGUGAACACAAUAGGAGUGAUAACCAAUGGGUUCCUGAUUGGUUUUACAUCAUCCUGGGCAUAUAACUUCGACACAGCAACAAAGCUCUGGAUUGUAUUGGGUUUUGAGCAUAUUGUGUUUGCCCUAAAGUUUAUCAUAGCAUACCUGAUACCAGAUGUUCCAAGGGAAGUCCAGCUCUCUAUACGAAGGGAGAAAUAUCAAGUUGCCAAAAUCUUGGAAAAUGCCAUGAACACUGAGUCCAUUAACUACAAUGAACUGGUUCCUAAGCACAAGAAGAAAAGAAAGCACCGAUCAUCAAAUUAUGAUACAUUCGUUCAGUUGGAUGACAAUGUGGGAAAACCAAAGGGAGAUAAGGCAGAUUUAAAAGAUACAGCAAUACCAGAGGAAAAUGUGUUCAAAGAGACUAGUUCAGCCCCUCGUGAGAUGGCUGAAUUCAGUCGCCCAGCAUCGGCCCAGGAUAAAUCUGAUCAAUGGUAUAUAGUUAAGAGAGAUAUAAGUACCCCCACAAUUGCCAGUGCUGGAACAGGAAGGGGUCUGAGUAUUUCUGGAGUGGAUCCAAAGAUAAAUAAUGGUAUGUCAUUAAAGAUGACGUUUGUAUUACAUGUAUGA